CUUUGGGACGUUUCUAUCGAGCAGACGAUGAUUGAAUACGAAUACUAAAAUUAAUCUGAACGACUCAACGACACGAUUGCCGGUCAAAGAUGGUUUGUUCUUUGAAACUUUUGAUUUUACUUCAGUCCGUCGUUCUACACAAAGUGAUUGCAAUGGAAAAUAGAAAAUUACAAAUAGAAGAAAAUAAUCUACACAAACAGCUGUUUCACUACGAGACCUUGAAGAAGUCGGAUAUUUCUCUGCACGUCCGCCACCAUCGGGAUGUUGACACUGGACACGUAACGGCCAGAACUUACGUCACGUUCUUCACACUAGGAAUGAACUUCAGUAUGGUUUUAAACGCAGGCUCUCCUGUAGUGGCACCUGGACUUAGAGCCUAUACUGUAGACAGGAACGGCAAGUAUGAGCCCCUUCAUGUAGACUCCAACGAUUUUCUCACAGGACAUUUACAAGAGAAUGAAUCUAUACAUGUGUAUGCUCAUUAUGAGGAGGACGUUCUCUGCACAACAGUUUAUUUCCCAAAUGAAACUUACUUUACUGAGCCGUCGUGGAGACACCUCCCUUCAUCAAGUGGGUGGGAUCUGAUUAGUUACAGGCUUUCUGAUGUCAACUGGAAUCAUACGGGUCCUUUUUCCGAUCCAAUAACAUUACUCCAACGACCGUCUUCAGACGAGUCAGUUUCAAGCGAUGAGCAGCAUCAGAGAUUCAGCAGAAUCAGACAAAAACGACAGAAUAAUGUCUUAAAGAAAAAGUGUUCCUUAAGACUGGUUGCCGACUAUUCGUUUUAUAGCCAGUAUGCCAAGUCUAGUGCUUCUGAAGCUAUAAAGAUAAUGGUGAGCUCUAUUGCAGAGUCGAACCGAAUAUUCGAAGAUACAAAGUGGAAAACAGCGGAAAGCCUUGGCUGGGGCUUUGUGAUCAAACAGGUUCUGGUUCACACGGAAUACUCAAAGGGGCCAAUGGGAGGACCAUUCAGCUAUAAUUAUGAAGUGGAUCAUUGGAAUACACUAGAUAAACUUUAUGAUUUUAGUCUUCACGGCGACAUCAUGCAGUUCUGCUUAGCGCACUUGUUUACAACCACUCUUUUCAAGGACGAUCGUCACACUCUUGGCUUAGCAUACCUAGGCAGUAAGGAUGGGGAUGGAGGAAUAUGUGCAGACGUAGGUGAGGACUUUUAUCCCAGAACCGGCUGGACGACUACUCUGUAUAGAAACGGAGAGAUUCUUGCUGGGAUACAGUUUAAGAGGACCACAGCUCACGAGUUCGGGCACAACUGGGGUUCUCCACACGAUCCAAUAGGCGAAUGUUCUCUUGGCGACGAAGACGGUGGUGGCUACAUCAUGUCCAUGGUCUUAUUACCAGGAGACCAGCCCAACAACGGCCGCUUUUCGCCAUGCAGCAUAGACUCUAUUUCACUUGUGAUGAAAUCGAUGAGCCAGCGAUGCUUUAUAGAAAGUGAUAAAGAGGAAAUUCCGUGCGGCAAUGGAGUCGUUGAUAUUAGAGAACAAUGCGAUGCAGGUCCAGACGGUCUGCAGGGCAAAGACAAAUGCUGCAGCAGCAUCUGUCUGCUCAGAGAAAACGCUCGCUGCAGUGAUUUCAACAGUAAGUGUUGCCGAAACUGCAGCGUCGCUCCAAAGAAAACCAAAUGUAAACAAGACGCUGGCAAUCGAUGUUUAAAAAGUUCAAAGUGCGAUGGCGUAAACCCUAGUUGUCCUGCUGUUCCUGUAGCCGACAACACACCUUGCCUACAAGGUGGCAUGUGCUUUAAGGGCAAGUGUCUUUUAUCGUGUGAAAGGCUUCAAGCAGGCACAAAUAAGGUCUACAAACCAUGCAAGUGCGAAGAUAAUGAGCAUUCGGUCUGCAGGACCUGCUGCAUGCAGGUCUUUGGCGAUGGCAGCAACGGCUCAUGUUUCCCAACAAAAGAUCGUCUUGGGUUUGGAGAACCCUGUUCUAACGGUGUAUGCAAUGAACAAGGACAGUGCAUUAACAAGAAGGAGACUCAUUGCGGCAAUGGCGUCCUCGAUAAAGGAGAAGAAUGCGAUGCCGGAGAUUCCAGCAUAAACGAAGAUAAAUGCUGCAAGAGUACUUGUCGUCUCAAAGAAUCUGCACAAUGCAGCGAUGUCAACAACAUGUGCUGCACAGACUGCCAAAUCGCGCUAAAAGGAACUGUUUGUAGUGACAACUAUGAGAAUAUGUGUAUGGAGAUUGCAACGUGCGAUGGUGUUUCCCCUGAUUGUCUCUCGACUCUGCCUAAAAAGAAUGGGACAGCCUGUGGUUAUGGACAACCAAACCAAGUAUUUUUUCUUGAAACAGUAACAGAAAAGUCCAGUGUGAUCACCCAGCGUUGA